AUGAAUGUUUUAGCUCAGUGUGUCCAUUAUCUAUCUAUCUAUCUAUCUAUCUAUUUGAGUUUUUCAUCUGUGUAUCUAUCUAUCCCUCUAUUUCAAUCUGUUCGUCUAUCUAUCUAUCUAUUUCAGUCUGUUCAUCUAUCUAUCUAUUUCAGUUUUUCAUCUAUCUAUCUAUCCCUCUAUUUCAGUGUAUGUAUGUAUGUAUGUAUGUAUCUAUCUAUCUAUCUAUCUAUCUAUCUAUUUGAGUUUUUCAUCUAUGUAUCUAUCUAUCCCUCUAUUUCAAUUUGUUCAUCUAUCUAUUUAUCUAUCUAUCUAUUUCAGUCUGUUCAUCUAUCUAUCUAUUUUAGUUUUUCAUCUAUCUAUCUAUCUAUUUCAGUCUGUUCAUCUAUCUGUCUAUCUAUUUCAGUCUGUUCAUCUAUCUAUCUAUCUAUUUCAGUUUUUCAUCUAUGUAUCUAUCCCUCUAUUUCAAUCUAUCUAUCUAUCUAUCUAUCUAUCUCACUCUUUUCAUCUAUCUAUCUAUCACAAUAUCUUCAUAUCUAUCAAUUUAUCUAUCUCCCUCUGUUUAUAUCUAUCUAUCUAUCUAUCUAUCUAUCUAUCUAUCUAUCUAUCUAUCUAUCUAUCUAUCUCAAUGCCUUCAUACGUAUCACUUUUCAUCUAUGUAUCUCUCUUUCUCUAUAUUAUUUCAGUCUCUUUAUAUAUAUCUGUCUAUCUAUCUAUCUGUAUGUCUUUCUUUCACUCUAUCUAUCUCUCUAUCUAUCUCGGUGUAUCUCUUUCUAUCUUCACAUUUUAAACGGAUGCGAAUACACUGUUAUCUAUCUAUCUAUCUAUCUAUCUAUCUAUCUAUCUAUCUAUCUAUCUUUCCGAUAA